AUGUUGACUAGUUCAGGUUUUUUGUUAGGCAUGAAUAAUCACGGAUUGUUUAGUUGUGCUAGCUAUAUUGCUAGCAUUUCUGGAGGUAGUUGGACGGUGAUGCGUUUGUUGCUUGCUGACUUCGAUGUGGAUAAACUUAGAAAUUGGGACAUUAAGAAUAGUUUACUUGAAGGAGUUCCAAAUUUUGAGUUUAAGAAUAGAGAUAUAGUUCAGCAACUUGAUGGAACUGCUGAAGCUCACGAAUUUUUCAUGGAUGAUGGAUUCUAUAAUGAACUUAAAGAACAUGUUUCUAAAUGGAAGCGUGAGUUCGCUGAACCGGUUGAUUCUGUGGAUCCAACAUUCAAUGAGUUUCAUGAUAGUUUGGAGUCUAACUGGAUGCGCUUAAAUCAUAAUGCUAUUCAAAAACGUUCCCUUGAUACAUUUUUAAAAUUAAAGGAAACUAUUGAAGAGCUGUUUAAAGGAAAUAAUGAUUCGAGCCCCACAAACCAAAUCAAAAAACUUGAAGAAAUGAUGGAUACUUUUUCAAACUUUAGGAAAGUUCUUGGAUUUUACAUCAUGUUGCAUUCAGAGGUGAGACCUAAAAAGAUUAUGGGUUUCCCAGUAUCCUUUACUGAUUAUUGGGGCCGUGCAUUAUGGAAGAAGAUUUCUUACCAGGAAACAAAAACUAAUUCGAUGUCGGAGUUGUUUGUACAGAGCCCAAGUGCAAGUAAUUAUGAGGCUCCUUUGCCUAUAAUUAUUGCUAAUUGUAAGAAUGAAGAUUUGGUUAACGUUGUAUUUGAAUUCACCCCUUUUGAAUUUGGAUCUUGGAAUAAAUUACUAAGGCUUUUUGUGAAAUUGAGAUACUUAGGUUCCACUGUUAGUAGAGGUAUAGCACGUUCAUGUAUCCAAGGAUUUGAUGAUGUAGGUUUUAUCACAGCAACAUCAUCAUCGCUUUUUAAUAACGUCUUGAUAUAUGCUUGGCAGCUUGCAGCUGAUUCGUCCCAAAAAACUAUGAAGGCAGUAAGGGCAUUAUUCUCCACGUUUGGUGUAAAUCUCAAGAAUAAAAAUUCAGAGGGUAAAAUAUUUGGUACUAGAUCUGACUUCGCAUUAUUUCAGCCAAAUCCCUUUUAUCAAUACCCUGGAAUUGAAACGCCUUUAACAAAAACAGACAAGUUAUAUCUUGUUGAUGGAGGUGAAGAUGGAGAAAACAUACCUUUGAGACCAUUCUUGCAACCUGAGCGAAAAGUCGAUUUAAUAUUUGCACUAGACUCAAGCUCCGGUAAAAUAAACUAUCCCACCGGGUCGAUCCUACGCAAUUUAUACGAUAAUAUGCGUCAAUCCGAAGAUUCUAUCAGCAUCUUAAGUCCAAACGGCACUCCUGUCAAUGUUGACCCAAUGCCGUAUAUCCCUUUGCCUGAAGAAUUUGAACGGUCAAAAUUGCUAAAUCACCCCAUAGCCUUUGGGUGUUAUCAAUCCAGCUAUCGUAAAAGAACCUCCUCUGUACUUCUUCCACCCGGCAAACUACCACCAAUAAUUCUUUAUCAUGCUAACAGAAAUCAUACUUAUCAAUCAAAUACCUCAACAUUCAAACUUAACUACAGCCCCAAGGAAGUAGAUGGUAUGCUAAACAACGGAUGGAAUAUUUUCACUGACAACAAUAACACUUCUUACCUUCAGUGUAUAGGCUGUCUUAUGAUUAAAAGAACCUAUGACAACACUGCUUCCACCGAAUUGCUACCUCCAACAUGCCACAGCUGCUUCAAAAAGUAUUGUUAUAACUAG